UCUUCAGUUUUGAAAUGGAUAUACAUUCUUGAAUCCUGAUGAGCAGGCAAUUGACUAAAGCUGGUUACUUGAUUUUUAUCUUAAUUAGGUUGCCUAAGCUUUGAGCUAAUAGAACUUACUAGUAUCACCGGUCAAUCAAAAGAUGAGCCUGCAGGCUGCAUGAUCUACAAUACAACUACAAUUAUAAUCUCGACUGUUCUGAUGGUUCAAAAUGUUCCUCUGUUUUGCGAUUUUGUCAAAUUUGUAUUUAACAUGCUAUUCUUGACUGUUAUUCUGAUGGAUAAAAAUGUUUCCCCGAGCAGGGAUCGAAUGGUGCUUUAGAACAUGCAUUUAACCAUUACAAAAACAAUCCUGAGAACUGUAGCGACGAUUUGAUUUCAACUACCUGUAAUUGUUUCAUUUUCAUGGAAUUUUCUGUGGGAAAUUUAUCCUUUCAGAGUAGAAGAUGACAGUUCUUUUACAAGACAGUUGCAUAGAAGAUGCACUUUUAGCAUGCAAAAAUUACAUUAUGCUUUGAAUUAAAUCACAACAAUUUACAUAUCAUCACAGCCCAAUAUAAUCUGAAGUUCAAACAUAAAAACUCUCCUUUUUUUCUCAUGUGGGUCAUGGUACAAAUUUCUGCAAGUGUGAGUAGACUGGGAUACCCAACUAUAACUGGUGGUCUGAGGCUUGGUCUCUUAUGUGGGUCGUGGUACAAAUUUCUCCAAUGUCCUACCUGCAGCUACAAGGCUUUCGUCAGGUCAUUUUAACUGCUGCUUCCUUCAACGUUUCCCUUUUCCAAGCCAUUGGAAAGUUUCUACUGAAAGCAGGGCCAUGCAGAACGUAGGAUUGACAGGCUUGACGUUUUGGUCGCCAAAUGUUAACAUUUUUCGUGAUCCCAGAUGGGGAAGAGGCCAAGAGGCCCCUGGUUAGAAGUCCAUUUAUUAUUUUUCUUUUGUGUGCUUUUGAAUUGUGAUAAUUCAUGUAACAAAGCAAGACAUGGAAGAUACAUUUCAACCUCCAUUUAGAAGUUGUGUUCUUGAUGGUAAUAUUGCCAGUGUAAUGUGUUCCUACAAUCAGGUCAAUGGUAAGCCAACUGGUGCUGAUCCAAAUCUUCUUUCUGGGGUCAUUCGAGGCGAAUGGAAAUUGAAUGGAUACAUAGUUUCUUACUGUGAUUCAGUAUAUGAGUUCUUCAAUGGACAACACUAUACCAAAACACCAGAAGAAGCUGCAGCUACAGCAAUAUUGGCAGGUCUGGAUCUCAAUUGCUGGUGAUUCUUAGGCCAGCACACUGAAGUCUUGGUCCCACUAUGAUGAGUCGAAUAUUGACAAGGCUGUCUCAAAUAAUUUUGCUACUAUGAUGAGACUUGGUUUUUUUUUAUGGUGAUCCUACCAAGCAAAUCUAUGGAAAUCUUGGUCCAAAACAUGGUAUCCACUAUCAUAAGUACCAAUGACAAACAUGAACAUGAGAGCAGAUCCUUUGACGGGCUAUCCAGGCAGAACCUACAGAUUUCAUACUGGAGAAACUGUUUAUUCAUCCGAGAGCUCCAAGCAUAGUCCAUCUGAAGUGAAUCACUUCAAGCUCACGGGUUUUUACAAAAGUUUCUGAGUCAGCACAGAGACCAACAGUAUCCCAUUCAUAGUCACCUGGGAACUCACUAGUCAAGUAAGACGGAAGCUCACUGGAGAAUGGACAUGGCCAUUGCCCAUGAGCUUAGGGGCAAAGGAGAAGAGCUUCACCGCCUUGCUAGUGGAAGUGGUGGGUGGAAAAGAGAAGGGGUCCAAUGGGUAUUAAUAGAUAGUUGGGGAUGGAUUUCCUUAUAUCAGUGAAAUCUACAUUCAGGAUUCCAUAAGAGCGGUAUUUAAAUCUGUCACUUCAUUGGAAGGUGUAGAUUUUAUUUGUUUGUUCUUUUUAUCCUAUGAUAUUCUUUGGACCGCUAAAUUCUUAUAUUUAUUUAUUGUUCAAUAACGAAUAUCGACGUUCCAUAUUUGAUUGAUC